AGUUAUUUUGCAAAAGUUAAGCGACAUUUGACCUGUGCACAACUAAACGCAAAAGCGUUAGUAACAUCUUCGUUCAACAAAUAAACAUCUUAACCAGAGGAUAAAAACAAAUAUUUAAAAAAAAGCCAAAAUACAUUUUGGUAAUAACAAAUAAACUGUGUGUAAAUUAAUAUUUAUUAACAAAUAUUAAUAAAACAUUUUUUGAAAAUUACUGGAUUUUGUUAAGUGCUAUUAUAAAAGAAAUUUGUUUAAAUUCCUACUUUUUUUGGAAUUUAAAUAUAACGGCGAGUGAAGGACAAGUGAAAUUUGCACUUAAAACCCACACAAACACCCCAGCACGUUUACUCUCCCUUAAAAACACAAACAUGAAUAAACGUUUCGUUAGCCUUUUGAUGUUGGCCUGUUGGCUUAGUGUGGCCUACAGUGAACCCAGCUAUGAGGAUUCAGCCUCUCAAGUCAAUAGUCCUAAUGUGGGACAUCAAGCCAAUUCACUGUUCAAUACAAAUGCAGACAGUAAUAUGGAUGGCGAUAAUGGAAUGGAUGGAAUGAUUAUGGGUGCUGGUUUGGGAAAUAAAGACAAUUAUGACAAGAGAGUGGAGCGUUAUGCCUUUGGUUUGGGCCGAAGAGCUUAUACUUAUACAAAUGGCGGUAAUGGUAUUAAACGUUUGCCUGUGUACAAUUUCGGUUUGGGUAAACGGGCCAGACCUUAUUCUUUCGGCUUGGGUAAGCGCUCAGACUAUGAGGACUCAGAUGCCCAAAUUGCUGAAGAUUUGGAUAGAGCCUACAAUGCUGCUUUUAUGAUGGAUGAAAAACGCAACCGCCCUUAUAGUUUUGGUUUGGGUAAACGUGAUCCCUUGAAUGAAGAACGUCGGGCAAAUCGUUAUGGCUUUGGUUUAGGACGUCGUUAAAUUCUAUUGUUAUAAAGCUGAAACCCACCUGAAACCAUUCUCCGUUAAGCAAACUUAAGUAAUUGUAAUUUGUUUUUUGGAACAUUUCAUUUCUUUAAAACUAAUCUAAAUGAAAACCUACAAACUACAAUUUUCCUAAAACUUUUCAUUUUGAAAUUGUGUGUGUGUAAAUUGUAAAAUUUUCCAUAAACUAACACUAUCCAGCCUACAAUUCCUUUAAUUAGUUUUAAUGAAAAGGAAAUGCUCUAAAAAAUCAUAAUAUAUAAAAACAAAAUUUGGCAACUGAAAAAUAUUUAUAUCAAAAAAAAAAAAUUGUUUUAUUUGAAGGGAUAGUAUUAUUAUAAUUUAUUGAAUAAUUGUGUAAUAAUGCAAAAUACACCAACCAAAUUAUUUAAAAUAAAUUAAGUUUUAAAACAUUAAUUAUUA